AUGGCUGAUGUCGCAAGCAUUGAAGAAGAUAUCAAGCAAUAUCGCGAGCAGCUCGAAGUAGUCGACGCUGGCCUCCGAGAUGACCCCAACAAUGCAGAGCUCUUGGCUUUGAAAUCAGAGUUAGACGAUGCGCUCGCCCUGCUAAACGAGACUCUUGCUGAACUCAAGCCUGCGCAAUCGCAGCCAAAGCACAAGGCACCAUCGCCGCCCGCAGAGCCUCCGAAAUGGUCGCGCGAGAAUCAUCCCGCAUUCAAAAAGGCUGCCCCUCCGCCCGAAGACAAGGACGAGACUGCUCCCAUCAACUACAAGGUGAAUGAUAAUGUCAUGGCAAAGUGGGUUUCGGGCGACAAGUCCUUUUAUCCGGCAAGGAUCACAUCGAUUACAGGCUCCUCGACUGCGCCCAUCUACAUUGUCAAGUUCAAGAGCUACGACAAUACAGAACAGCUGCGAUCCAAGGACAUUCGCCCCAUGGCGCAAAAGAGAAAGGCAGAUGGCACCCCCACCGGAAGCAGUACGCCAGUCGCAACGCCCUCGCAACCACCGCCGCCCCCUGCCGCAGCUGCCGCUCCGAUUCCGGGUGUCAUUUCUUCUGCCGCAAGCAUUGAUCCCGAGCUCGUCGCCAAGAACAAGGAGGCAGCACUAAAGCCGGCGCUCGACGAAAAACCAAAGGCCAAGAAGAUUAGAGCCACUCGAGAGCUUGAAGCCGGAAAGAGCAAGUGGCAAGAGUUCAACUCCAAACCCAAGUUUGGCAAAACCGGAGCCAAGGCCAAAAAGGACAGCAUGUUCCGUACACCAGAAGGUGUCAAUGGCCGAGUGGGCUUCACUGGUUCUGGCCAAGCCAUGCGGAAAGACGUGGCCAGGAGUCGUCACAUUUAUCAAGCAAACGAAGAUUUGGACUAG